GAUGCAUAAAACCCUAACUCCAAAAACCCUCUCCCUUCUGCUUCACCUUCACUUUCUCGCUCCUCUUUUUCUUUUCCCGCAAAACACAGAAGAAAGAAAACCCCACGGAAAUGGCACGAGGCCUGAAAAACCCUAAGAAGGCCAAACGAAAGAACAAGGGGUCGAGUAAGGGAGAGGGCUCUUCGUCUUCCAAUUCAGAACCUUCAAUGCCUGUGAAGGUGUGGCAACCAGGCGUGGACAAGAUCGAAGAAGGAGAGGAGCUCCAGUGUGACCCUUCUGCUUACAAUUCGCUCCACGCCUUUCACAUUGGCUGGCCGUGUUUAAGCUUUGAUGUCGUGCGUGAUUCUCUAGGGCUGGUUCGGACAUCUUUCCCACACACAAUGUUUUGUGUUGCAGGCACUCAGGCUGAUAAAGCUUCCUUGAAUUCUAUUGGAAUAUUUAAAAUUUCCAACAUUUCUGGGAAAAACCGAGAGUUAGUCCCUUCUACAGCUAAUGGCUCUGACAUGGAUAGCGACAGUAGUGAUAGUGAUGAAGACGAUGUUGUUAAGGAUGGUGGAUCUGCGGCACCAGUUUUCCAGAUGCGCAAGGUGCGUCAUCAAGGAUGUGUUAAUCGGAUCCGUGCCAUGCCCCAAAAUCCACAUAUAAGUGCAUCCUGGGCAGAUACUGGUCAUGUCCAGUUAUGGGACUUCAGCUCUCAUCUAAAUGCUUUGGCGGAAUCAGAAGCUGGAGUUAGCCAGGAAGAUCCCCCUGCUUCCAAUCAGGCUCCAUUACUGAAGUUUGGUGGGCAUAAAGAUGAAGGCUAUGCCAUAGACUGGAGUCCUCUUGUCCCUGGUAGGCUAGUUUCAGGGGACUGCAAAAAUUGUAUUUAUCUGUGGGAACCUACGUCUGGUACAACAUGGAAUGUCGGCACAAAUCCCUUUGUUGGACAUGCCGCAAGUGUUGAAGAUUUACAAUGGAGCCCUACCGAAGCUGAUGUAUUUGCCUCUUGCUCUGUGGAUGGGAAUAUUGCCAUAUGGGAUAUUCGUUUAGGAAAUACACCAGCAGCUUCUAUAAAGGCGCAUAAUGCAGACGUGAAUGUUAUAUCCUGGAACAGGCUGGCUAGCUGUAUGCUGGCAUCUGGAAGUGAUGAUGGAACAUUCUCUAUCCGUGAUCUGAGAUUACUGAAGGAUGGAGAUUCAGUUGUGGCUCAUUUUGAAUACCAUAAACAUCCCAUCACAUCCAUCGAAUGGAGUCCACAUGAAGCCUCCACUUUGGCAGUUUCUUCAUCAGACAAUCAAUUAACAGUGUGGGACCUUUCUUUAGAAAGAGAUGAGGAAGAGGAGGCUGAGUUCAAAGCGAAGACACAAGAGCAAGUUAAUGCACCUACAGAUAUACCGCCACAGCUUCUCUUUGUUCAUCAGGGUCAGAAAGACUUGAAAGAACUCCACUGGCAUUCACAGAUACCCGGGAUGAUCAUAGCAACUGCUGCAGAUGGUUUUAACAUUCUGAUGCCUUCAAAUAUCGAAACUGCUCUUCCUCCGUCAAAUGACGCACAAAUUAUAUAAAAUUUUCAGCUGAUUUGCAAGUCGUGGCAAUUUUGUUUUCUUUUGUUAUUUAUUACUUCGUAUUUAUUUUACUUUUGGUUGAGAGUAUGGUAUGAAGAGUAUGUAGUGAACUCGUAGUUGCUCUAGUUGUGUGAGAAUUUGGCAUGUACUGGGAGUCUGGAAGUCACCGGUCUUGUGAAUCUAUAUCUUAUUGUUCUAGAGUUUUUAUUGAGCUCAGUAUAAUAUCAGUCAUUUUGGACAA